GUGGUGGGGAGGUAGGUCUGGUGGCCACCUGGCGGGAGUGACGGAAGGUAUAUAAAGCAGGCAUCUCAAGGCCGCGUAUCAAUUCACUCUCGCACUCAGCGGCAGCAACAUGCGUAUCCUGGUGACCCUCGUGGUGGUGGCGGCGGUGGCGGCGGCUCCCAAGAAGCCUACCAAGAGCUUCCCCAAGAAGUACGACGCGGCGGUGCACAGCGUGAAGGAUACGUACAGCGUGUACCACCACGCCGCAGACGAGGACAUGGUGGUGCCGGACUUCAGCCCCUUCAGGGCCCUCCUGCCCCAGAUCCCAACCUUCCCCAUCCCAGAGGAGUCCUCAUACACGGGGCUCGGGGACGCCGUGGCCGAGGAUGACAUGUCCCCCCCGCCUGAGGACACUUAUAGCAGCGUGUCAGGUGUGAACCACGACGCCCUCGUCCCUCCCCCAGUCUCCCCAGCCCCCAAAGCCCCCAGCUCUUACCUCACCUAUGAGGGACCCAGCGAGGAGCCCCUGAGGCCCCCGCCCACCUCCACCUACGCCCAGCCCCCCAAGGACGCGUCAGGUUCCGAGGUGCUGAGGUCCCUGGCCGCCAUGAUCCAGGCCCUGCCACACAUCAGCUCCUACACCAAUUACCGGCAAGCCGCUGCAGCCCAGGCCGAGGAUGGAGGCCCCGCCCGCCAGAUGCAGCCGCCCCAGCAGCCCAGCUCUUACGCCAGCGUGCCAAGCCAACCAUCCCCCAGCCAAGACGAAGACGGCCCCGUGGUGCUGCCCCUGAGAGGCCUCGCUGCUCCUCAGUAGUGACCGUUACCAACAGUGGCAGCGGUAGGCACGGCCACACGAAAAUUCCGUUGCUGGUCUGCACGCUGUGCUGAUCUCCAUUUCAUGAACUUGUACACAGCGCCUCAAGUGGCAAUACAGUGCUUAUCAGGGCGCUGUGCCGCAGUGAGUGAGCCUUCCUUCCUCCCUAACCGUUGGUCACGUGACAGUGUAAUCAAGAUAUUUGUUAUUUGUGAGCAACUAUCCGCUAUUUGUGGAACGAGCGACGCCUGUGCUGCCUUGCUGUGCCACGAUUAGCAGCAGCUGUGCUGUCAGACGCCCCUUGUGUGGCUGCGUCUGGCCGCGCGGCAUCACGGACACUGGCGCGGAGGAGAGGACACUUCUAAAAGCUGUAUAUAAAACACACUUUCAUAAUAAAAUUACUUUACAAGUAUGUAGUUACAUUUGUGUUGACAUCAAAGUUGUAUACCUUCAUGUUCGUGAGAUAUAAACACCUGGAAGCAGAGACGCCUUCACUCCCCGACACAGUUCCUGUCAGUGUCAAAACAGACCCAGUGUUGAUUUGCACCUCAGCCCGCUCCGCACCACCGAAGGUUGACCCACAUUUUACGGGUCGGCCACCUACACGCGUGAAUUCAAUCUUGUACCUUGUGCCUGCUGCCGCGGCUGCUGCCUUAUCAUCGCGGUGGUGCAAGGCGUGGCGGCUGCACCGGAACAAGGCACACUGAACACACGUUAUUUUAAUACAAUAAAUUAGAAUGGAAAUCCAUUGUACAACUUUCACCUAAAUUUCAGAAUAAAUAGACAAACCAUGCUACAUGCAUUACAUUUAUCAUUAUAUUAGUAAGUCAGGACAUGAAUCUGCGCGGUGCCAUCACUUAUCAUUGAGUAUGGACUCUUAAUAUACAGCAAGUACUAACACUCGUCACUGCCCAGCAGGGCGCCAUGCAGUGGUGACAGACAGGCACAACAGCACGGCGGCUCUGAGCAGAUCCCCUUGUCAGUGUCUGGUUUCCUCGGGUGUCCUGUUGAAGUUUUUAAGUCCCUGCUGCCAAUGCAACGUUUUCUGUGGCGAGGUUGCAUUUGGUGACGGGCUGAGCAGUUUCCCGGCACUGGAUAUUAUGAUGUGCUGUUGGUGGGAGCCGCGCCGCAGCGUGCCGUACUGGCCCAGAAAGCACGACAAUUGUGGCUCACGGGUGUGUGCAGGCUCUUCCUCCCUCUUCUGAAAUGACCGUCGCCUCACUACUCAAGAAACUCAUCACUACCACAAUGAUAUACACAACUUGUACUAUUCACACCCAUGUAAAAAUCGGCAAUAAAUAAUCCUUGUAC